AUGACACCAAUCCAAAUUGUAACGACAAGAACAGGAAUAGCUCUCACGCCAUUUGUCUACUUUCUAUCUGUUUCUUUUGAAUCAAGAACAGAAACGCCUGAUUCAAUUGCCAACUGCUCCCCACUUUCUCUCUCUACAAAACAACUCAGAUUUCAGUUCAGACCGAACCUAAUUGGGUUUUUUGUGAAUUUGAAAACCCUUCAAGGAAUUUCUGUUUUCUACAUUGCUUCAUCAGUUCUUCUUCACCAUAUUUCUUCUGAUAGUUCAGUUCUUGUUUCUUUUGUUUUUCCAUCGGUUUGGCUCCCAGUUCAAUCGUCGAACACCUGGAAGGCCCGAUGUUUCAAGAUGAUGGGUCAUCUUCUGUGA